GUGACCACAGAGCCCAUCAUACUAGACAUGGCUUCCACUGUAUUUGAUGAUCAGUAUGAGGGCUGUGUCAAAGAAAUGGAGCAAAAGGCACUCCAGAUGUUAAAAGAAGACUUCAACAUGAGUGAAACAUUCAAAGCUGCUUGGGAAGAGGCAGAGAAACACUGGAAGAUGAAAGCAGGGAGCUAUCCUGGUUUCAAUGAUUUCCAUGGGACAGCUCUAGUGACCUACACUAUGAAAACCAUUGCCACAGAUUUUAACAAUGCAACAAGAAAAUUCACAACUAAUUCCAGCUACCGUUAUUAUUACAGGGCCUUCCAUUAUUACUUAACAAGAGCUCUUCAGCUUCUAAGUAAUCCAAAUUGCUACACAGUUUUUAGAGGCACUCAAAUAAAAUUUGGUUACAGUGGGAAGGGUAGUGUACGAUUUGGGCAGUUUACUUCAACAUCUUUGAGUAAAAGCGAAGCUGAACGUUUUCUAAAACGUGGUGGAACGUUGUUUGUUAUCGACACCUGUUUGGGUGUUGAAAUCAAAAAUUUCUCAAAGGUCCCUGAUGAAGAAGAAGUGUUAAUUCCGGGAUAUGAGGUGUAUCAC